CAAACGCUGCUGACAUCCUGAUCUUUGCGUUGUAAGCCUGUGAGAAAGGCAGCAUCACUGCACAGUCUGCACACAAAGGCGCAGGGCAGGAGGGCAGGAUGUCUGGGCAGCUCCUCAGCACCUUGGCGCUCCUCUGCAUCUUCAUCGCGGUGGCGGCUUCAAACGGCCCAUCUUUAAAGGUGUUUGAAAGACCGAAGGUCAUCACCCUCAUGCAGCUCAACGCCUCUGCAGAGAUCUCCUGUUCCACCACUGUCCAUCCUCAGCCUGGUCGAGGGCUGCAUGGACUGUCUCUGAAGCGGUAUUUCAGCGGAAAUGAAGUAGUGUUCUACCAGCAUAUGGUCGACAAGACUCAGACGGUACAUCGGGACUUCGAAGGCAGAAUCUCGGUCACUCAGAAAUCCAGCGACUGCUGUGAGUUCACCUUCCAGCUGUCUUUGCUGAGGGUGGAGGACACCAAUGGCUACUACUGCAGUUGGGUCACCUUCAAUGAGAACGAAGUGGAAACAAGUAGUCUGGACAGCAACUACACGCUCAUCAUAGUUCGGGAGCGCGACCCUGAAGAGCUUUGCACCAGGCCAUCGGGCAAUCAGCUGCAGCGGCUGUUCCUCGGCCUGAGUGGGGUGGUGUGUGCCGCCAUGUUCCUCAUCUCUGCUGGGGCCCUGAUAUGGAGGUGUUUGCUGAAAAAAGGCAAAUAUGAUCCCCAUGAAAGUAGUCAACACAAAGCCCUUCAUCAAAAUAAUCAGCGUCGUCUUCCACCUCCUCUUCCUCCUCCAAAUCAUCAUCAUUACCAUCAUCCUCCUCCUCCUCCUCCUCCUCAUCAAACUCAGAAUCACCAUCUUCAUCAUCAUCAUCAUCCUCCUCCUCAUCAAAGUCAGACUCACCAUCUUCAUCAUAAUCAUGAUCAUCUUCUUCCUCAGCAUCAUCUCCAUCACCACUCCCACCCUCCUUACCUUUCAUCCCAGCACCGGUCCUCACAACACAUACGUCAUUGAGAAGCCAGCAGUGUACUCCAUUAAG